CUCACAUCUGUGAGCAUGCGCAGUUAGGUUUACCAUACUUGGUUGUCAUGUUGGAAAGCGCAAUCCAAUCCGCUUUUAUGUUUCACAUUACAGAAUUGUGAAUCCGAUAAUCAGAAGAUGGCGACAGCUGAGUCGGAAUCAAGUUUGAAUCCCCCUAAUUCCGAGGCGAAAAAAAGUGAAACUGGUCAAGAAAUUGUAAAUCCUGAAGAUUACAUCAAACAUCCACUACAAAAUAGAUGGGCUCUGUGGUUCUUUAAGAAUGACAAAACGAAAACCUGGCAAGCAAACCUCCGUCUCAUCUCCAAGUUUGACACAGUGGAAGACUUCUGGGCUCUGUAUAAUCACAUCCAACUAUCAAGUAACUUGAUCUCCGGCUGUGACUACUCACUUUUCAAGGAUGGUAUCGAGCCCAUGUGGGAGGACGAGAGGAACAAGCGUGGUGGCAGGUGGCUCAUCACACUUUCCAAACAGCAGCGCAGGGCCGACCUCGACCGCUUCUGGCUGGAAACGCUCCUGUGCCUAGUGGGCGAAGCCUUCGAUGACCACAGUGAUGAUGUAUGCGGGGCAGUAGUUAACAUCCGAACGAAAGGAGACAAACUUGCGAUAUGGACAACAGACUACGAAAACAAGGAUGCUAUUACACACAUAGGACAAGGGUGGAAGGAGAGGUUAGGCGUGCCACACAAGGUGAUCAUCGGAUAUCAAUCACACGCGGACACUGCCACCAAGAGUGGUUCCACCACCAAGAACAAGUUUGUUGUCUAAGGAGGUUUUUUUUUGUUGGUUGGUUGUUUUUCCUUUCCGUUUCCAUGGCGUUUGUUGAAAUGCUGUUGCGAAGUUUAAUCUGCUACCCAAUUGAAACCAAAGCUUCAACACAGACAAUUGCCUUUAUUCAAUCAAUUGCAAUAUGAUUUCACAACAAAAUGGUCUCAUUCAAACAAACCUAUACCUUCGAUGAAGGGUGGGAAUAACCAUGAGAAUUGAAAUACCAAAAAAAUACCCCCCAAAAGUUAUCCAUGUUCUUUUUUUUAUUCGCCAUUUCCCUUUUCUUACUGAGGAUAUACUAGGAGGCUUUUUUAAAAUAUAUUUUAUGUUUAACAGCAUCACACUCGUAGCUGCCAGGGAUUUGUCUCCGUAAGUGUGUUUUCGGGACGCCUAAUUCCAAACUGUAAAAGAAAAAUAUAUAAAAAAAUAUAUAUAUAUUACCAGUCAAAAGUUUGGACACACCUACUCAUUCAAGGGUUUUUCUAUAUUUGUACUAUUUUUUUACAUUAAUAGUGUAGAUAUAAUAGUAGUGUAGUAAUAGUGUAGAUAUCAAUAAUAGUGUAGAUAUCAACUAUAAAAUAACACAUGGAAUCAUGUAGUAACCAAAAAAGUGUUAAACAAAUCAAAAUAUAUUUUAUAUUUAAGAUUCUUCAAAGUAGCCACCCUUUGCCUUGAUGACAGCUGUGCAUACUCUUGGCAUUCUCUCAACCAGCUUCAUCUGGAAUGCUUUUUUUCCAUCUGGAAUGCAGUCUUGAAGGAGUUCCCACAAAUGCUGAGCACUAUAAUGCAUUUUCGGAAUGUAAAAUUGCUUUCAGUGUAAACUUAAACAGCAAAAAACAAAUAAGGAUGUAUAAAAUAUAUGUUUUUUAUUUAUUUAAUAUAAUCUAUCAGUCAUCAAACUAAUUGCUGAACAGUCAGGAGAAUAAUAAAACAUUCCCAACUCAUCCCAAACCAUCUCAAUUGAGUUGAGGUCAGGUGAUUGUGGAAGCCAGAUCAUCUGAUGCAACACUCCAUCACUCUCCUUGGUCAAAUAGCCCUUACACAGCCUGGAGGUGUGUUGGGUCAUUGUCCUGUUGAAAAACAAAUGAUAGUCCCACUAAGCGCAAACCAGAUAGGAUGGCGUAUUGCUGCAGAAUGUUGUCGUAGCCCUGCUGGUUAAGCGUGCCUUGAAUUCUUAAUAAAUCACUGACUGUCACCAGCAAAGCACUGUCACACCACCUCGUCCAUGCUUCACGGUGGGAACCACACAGGCAAAGAUUAUCUGUUCACCUACACUUUGUCUCACAAAGACACAGCGGUUGGAUGCAAAAAUCUCAAAUUUGGAGUCAUCAGACGAAUGGACAGAUUUCCACUGGUCUAAUGUUCCAUUGCUUGUGUUUCUUGGCCUAAGCAUGUCUGUUCUUCUGUUUGGCGAAGGCCUGAUUCACACAGUCUCCUCUGAACAGUUGAUGUUGAGAUGUGUCUGUUACUUGAACUCUGUGAAGCAUUUAUUCGGGCAGCAAUUUCUGAGGCUGUUAACUACGGAACUUAUCCUCUGCAGCAGAGGUAACUCUGGUUCUUGCUUUCCUGUGGUGGUCCUCAUGAGAGCUAGUUUCUCUAUGGUGCUUGAUGGUUUUAGCGACUGCACUUGAAGGAACUUUCAAAGUUCUUGAUAUUCUCCGGAUUGACUGACCUUCAUGUCUUAAAGUAAUGAUGGACUGUCAUUUCUCUUUGCUUAUUUGAGCUUUUCUUGCCAUAAUAUGGACUUGGUCUUUAACCAAAUAGCCGUAUCUUCUGUAUACCAUCCCUACCUUGACACAACACAACUGAUUGGCUCAAAUGCAUUAAGAAGGAAAUUCUAGAAAUGAACUUUAACAAAGCACACCAGUUAAUUGAAAUGCAUUCCAGGUAACUACAUCAUGAAGCUGGUUGAGAGAAUGCCAUGAGUGUGCAAAGCUGUCAUCAAGGCAAAGGGUGGCUACUUUGAAGAAUCUCAAAUGUAAAUUAUAUUUUUUGGGUUAUUACAUGAUUGCAUAUGUUAUUUCAUAGUUUUGAUGUCUUCACUAUUAUUCUACAAUGUAGAAAAUAGUAGAAAUACAGAACCCCUGGAAUGAGUAGAUGUGUCCAAACUUUAGACUGGUAGUGUAUGUGUAAAAUGUAGAGAGAGAGCUACAUGUUUGGGAAUAUAAACUUAAGUAGCAAUAUAAUAUCAUCUUUGAGAACUAACAAUUAUCAAAAUAAACACUGAACAGUCAGGGGAAUUUUAAAUUCCCCUAACAAUGUAUCAGUAUUUAAGUUUGAGCAGAAUAAGACAGUAUUAGCCAUGGCAAAAUGCAUAGAAUUGCAGUUUGUUCUUUAACUGCUAAAUGUUCUCUCAGGUCCAUUGCAAAAUGUUUAGAAUUGGAAGAAAUUAACUUUAAAACUGCAAAAAUGUAAUUCAAAAAAACAUCAAUAUUGGGGGCCUAAAAUGGGUUUACUAAAUUCAGCAGCACUGACCACGCCCCCUUUCCAAGCCCCCACCUAAGCUCCUUUUUGAUCCCAAUAAAGCGCAGCCAGGGUUAUCUUUUUGCCAAAUGUAGUUUGUUUUACCAGAUCUCAAGAAGUGCUGUAGUUUCUUCCAUUGAAUCUCAGUUCAUUAUUUUCAAUUGGUUUAGCCUUAAAGUGGUGAAUGUUGACCGAUACUAUAGUUUUGCUUUCAGUAAAAUGUUCACAACUUUUGGUAUUGCAGAUCUAUUUAGUGUUAUUUUUAUUUCUCUCACAAUAUUGUAUUAUUCAUGUAAACCUGUAUUGUUUAAAAAAAAAACAUUUUCUAAGCGCAUCAAGAUGCUUUAAUAAAGUGUAUGUUAAACUGUACUUGUAUUCAUUGGAGGUGUAUUAGGUGUAACUGAAUGCCUUGCUUUGGCACCUUGUCCUGCUCCUAUGAACAUGGUACAAAAGAUGACUGUAAAUAAAUGUAAAGUAUGUUGUCUUGAAGCUGGAAAUUGAGAGAGAGUAUUCUGUUUAAAUGGAUGUUGAUGCCUGUAGUCUUGUUCAAAACUACUGUUUCAGAGAAGCUUUCUUCAUCUGUAUCAAGUCCCACCAGACUCAUUCACAGUGCAAUUGUAUGCCUAAAAAGGUGAUAAAGGCAUUUGAUUUAUUUUCCACGAGCCAUUCAAAAGAGCACAUCAAGAUAAACCUCUUAAUGAUGCACUCCAGGAUCUUAAGCACAAAAAAAUGUUUAACAUGUCAUUUGAAUUCGAAUCGUAACAAAUCACCCAAAUAUAUAUUUUUUGCAGGGUGUAAUGUAAGAUAUGGAUGACUUGGUGCACAAUUUGACAUACUACACAAAAAACAGGGACCACUUUUAGCUCCUGACCACCACUUUCAAAACUACUGUCUGGCUGAAUUUAUACUGAAGUUUCAGAGUGCGUUGUUCAUUCUCAUUUUCAUGCAAAUAUUCUAAAAUCCGCAAAAGGAAAAUGUGGAUUUUCCCACCAGUGGUGUUUCUACAAAACAGACUUGCUGUGGUUAAAAGUCUGUGCGUGAUAUUGUGGUGCGCACAAAAUGUACUCUUUUGCUUAAGUUUUCAUUUACCAAAUAAAAAUCUGCUGCUCCUUU